AUGCACACAUUCUACCCAACUUCGCCUCCAGCAACAGCUUUGCAGACCACUCCUGAUCCCUCUGGUGAGUUUCCAUCGACUCUGUCAUCAAGCGCGAUCCAGCCUUUGCCUUGGAUUUGGCCUCCCCGUCCGCCCCGUCCCUUGGACUCGCGCCCAGCCUGCUCGUCUGCGUCCUGCGUCCUGCGCCUUUGUUCACACAAGCUUUUUCCCAACCCGCUCCGUCUGGAGGCUUCGCGACGCUCAUCACAUCCCAUUUGCAGCCUUAUUCGAAAGCCAUCAGGGCUGUUCACAGCUAAUCUCCCUGAAUCGUCUUCCAGAUACCGUCCAAAGCGCGGCCUUUGCCAAACCUCGUCGCCGCCGCCGAACCCGCCGCCGCGCCAGCCAGGAGCUGAACCAAGAAGCAGGCACUUACCGCACAGCCUGGAUGGUGAUGAACUCUUGAGAUUGCCUCAUCAUUCAUCGUCAUCUGGAAGCGGAAGAGCCCAUUACGAGACCUGGCUGCCGGCCAGUGAUGAAAUUGUCAGGCAUCCCGCAAAGCGAUACUCUUGUCUGAAGCUGCUGGCUUUGUCCACCCACGCAAAAUCCGCACCCGAGGUCCCCAACCCUCAAAGCCCUCUCUCUCUCUCCCACCACAAAGCUCCCUUCCCGAGUUCGAUCGCUAUCCUCCUCCCAUCCGAUCCGACAUCAAAUAAAACAUCAAGACACACAGAAAAAAUGAAUUCAUUAUCCCCUAUAAACACUUCAGGCGGCAUGUCCGCAGCGUCGUCAAAUGGCGGUAGUGUCUCGCCCCGUCAGGCGCCCACCCCCAAGAACGUCGCAUUUGAGCUGCUGUUCCUUGAAUCGCCUCAAUACCGUGCGCGCUUGCCCAUGCGAGUGCAAAUUUAUCCUCAUGAUACCACGGACUCGAUUGUUACAACCGUCAAGAACUUCUAUGGCUUGUAUUCGGGUCCGACCGGGUCAAAGGGCGUCAGCUUUGAGGACGAACUCGGCAACACCUUGAUUGCGCGAUAUGAAAAUUUCCGCAACAACAUGAUUGUCUAUGUUCGAGUGAUUGAAGAGGCGUCCAUGGCUGCCCUGGAAUCACAUCACUAUCGCAGUCUUCAUAUGGGCGCCGAUUCCUACUAUGGGGGUGAAGGAUACGCCCUCCCUCAGCGCUUCGGCCCUGAGAUGGCCCAGUCACCGCAAAGACGGAGUCCCUCGCCUUAUGGGUCGCGAGGACGAAGAAGUGACUCUACUAGCACCAAGGGCCGCUCUCGGUCUACCAAGAGCCGGGCUCAUCACAACCACGCCGAUGCCUACGCUGACAGCAUGAACGGCUACAGCAGCGGUGAUGGCGGCGCCCCAAGCACUACGUCAGCCAGGACCAAGGAGCAGCUUGGGACAACCGACAUCAGCGUUGAGAAUAUUGUCGAGGGCGGUCGACGAAAGAGGGCCAAAUUUGAGAGCUCUGAACUGCCAUUAUUCGCACCACCUCAGAUGCCCGCCGCUACUUCGAACCCAUCCGUAUCGCCCGCCCGUCGAACCGAUCAUCACAGACAUUCUAUUUCUUACAUACAAACUGGCCACAACCCAUUUAUAAACCCACGCCCGCUUCACUCUCCGCAAAGCUACGGCAGUGGUCAUGGGCAGAUGAGCAUGUACUCUACCCCUGUUGCCGGUGACCGCCGUGGUCGGGGUAGCAUCUCCUACGGUAGCCACAGCAUGGCUCAUGGCAUGGGCAUCCUCCCAACUCCCGAUCCCACUGUCGGAAGUUGCAUGUCAGAAGAAGACAAGGAUGUCGCCAUUCAGCUCAUGCGACUUGGCGAGAUGUCCAACAUUUCUCACGGUCGGACAUCCGCAUCAACUUUGGAUGAUACAUUUAGCGGUCGAGCCGACGCCACAUCCUCUACUGGCGCCACUAGCGAAGGCGAAAGCGACAGUGAUGUUGAGCUCCCGCUAUCCCGCCGUCAAAAGUUGAAUUUGAAUGGCGUAUCCAAGCAGAUCUACCAGACUACCGAGUCGCACUUCAUGCCGCCCAUUGAUAGUGCCGAAGCCAGCGGUGAAGACGCCGAUUAUGAAGAUGGCCUAGAUGCCCGGGCCAAGCCGGCUCAGAGCAAGUCGACAAAGAGCAAGUCGUCUCCGACUUCCACACCCAAGGUGGCCUCUUCAAAGGCCAAGGCACCCCGCGCCGCCAAUGGCAACAAGACCAAGAAGCCGGUCGUUGUCCCUGUGCCCAAUGGGCCAAUCUCCCCGGCAGCUUCCAGCACUCAUUCCAGGAAGCAGUCAGUGGUGUCCAUUGGACAUGUGGCUCAGGCUGGCGAGGACGAUCAGCCCGAUCUCUCUACCAAGCCGCGCUGCCAGCGCUGCAGGAAAAGCAAGAAAGGCUGUGACCGCCAACGACCUUGUGGUCGCUGCCGCGACGCUGGUCUCUCAGCAGACCAAUGCAUCAGCGAAGAUGAAGGCAACGGCCGGAAAGGCCGCUAUGGGCGCCACAUGGGAGUGCCACUAAAGAAGGACGAGAUUGCUCUUGCAUCCCAGCCUGCUCUUUUGCCCGCCGCCCCCAUUGCUGCCAACACAAUGACCACCGACAAAGCGAAGAAGCGCAAGCGGUAG